AUGAGCGGCUCCAAGCCCAGGUUGGCGGCGGCCGGGCCCGGCGGGGCGUUGAGCCGCCUGCGCGGGCAGAGGAGCUCCGGGACGGCCUCUCCCGCCGCGGCGCCACCGCCGUCCCGGGCCGCCCCGCCGCGGACGGAGGCGGAGCUGCUGGCGCUGGAGGCGGUGCGGCCCGAGCACGUCCUGGGACUGGGCCGCGUCACGGAGCAUUACCUUUGCCGACCCGAAGACAACAUCUACAACAUCGACUUCACCAAGUUUAAAAUCCGGGACCUGGAGACGGGGACGGUGCUGUUUGAAAUCGCCAAGCCUUCAACGUUAGAGCAAGAGGACUACGAAUGUGACCUUGGGGAGAUGGACAGCAGCGCCGGGCGCUUUGUGCGCUAUCAGUUCACGCCGGCCUUCCUGCGCCUACGGACCGUUGGGGCAACGGUGGAGUUCACCGUGGGAGACAAGCCCGUAUCCAACUUCCGUAUGAUCGAGAGGCAUUACUUCAGAGACCGUCUUCUGAAGAACUUCGACUUUGACUUCGGCUUCUGCAUCCCCUGCAGCAGGAACACCUGUGAGCACAUAUACGAGUUCCCUCAGCUUUCAGAGGACCUCAUACACUUGAUGGUCGAGAACCCCUACGAGACUCGCUCAGACAGCUUCUACUUUGUGGACAACAAGCUGAUCAUGCACAACAAGGCCGAUUACGCCUACAACGGCGGGCAGUAGCCAUUCCGUUACCAC